AUGAAUUCCGUUCACAAAGAUGCAGGAGCUGAGCUAAAGCCAGCCCCAACUUCACGUCAAAGGCAUACCUUCUCAUGUGCAAAACCUUGCGAUAUCAACGGGGAUUUUGUGGAUGCAGGCCAUAUCAGCAGUCCCGUCCCAGAUCCACCCUCUAGCGCUGCGCCAAAUUUCCCCAGUAGUAAUCCUUGGGAGCCAUUCAACGAUCGUAUCGAAUUUGACACCACAAUGUACCAUUACGUUCAGCUGGAAUCGUCACGAGCAGAUAUCGGCUCUGGUUUCGACCUCUGGCGAGCACACGCCAUCAAACAUGGGCACCCCGAUUCCUUUCGCUGGAAAACAGCUCAAGAUAUGUACGAUACCAUCGAUGAAAUCCAACAAGGACCGGCGCCAUGGACCACCUUCAAGUUUCGCUACACAGGUCCACAGCCCAGCGGCGAGAAACCGAAGUGGAUGCUGGAAACCUAUGAGCUGAAUGCCCGGGACAUCCUCUCCCUCGUUGAAGAACAGUUUUCAAACCCCGAGUUUGAAUCAAAAAUCGACUACCAGCCAUACAGAGAGUUUACAGCUGACGGGCAACCCGUUUGGUCAAAUCUCAUGUCUGGGACUUGGGCUUGGAAACAAGGAGUUCGUAGUUCUUUUUCUCCCUCUACGGUUGAUCUUCUCUCGGAGGACAAAGCUAAUUUUGGGACAAUGUUUGUCCCUAUCGUUGCUGGCAGUGACAAAACGACAGUCUCUGUUGCAACGGGGCACCAGGAGUAUCAUCCUGUUUACAUGUCUGUUGGUAACCUUCACAACACGGCACGACGCGCUCAUGGGAGCGGCGUCUUGCCCGUUGCAUUCCUUCCCAUCCCGAAAGCUAGCAAACGCCAGCGAAAGAAGCCAGCAUUCCAACGCUUUUGUCGUCAGUUGUACCACAAGUGUCUAGAGACAGUGUUUAAGCCACUCCGACCGUACAUGACUACCUACUACGUUCUGAAGUGCCCUGAUGGCCAUUACCGUCGCGCAAUCUUUGGAUUAGGCCCGUACAUUGCUGAUUAUCCAGAGCAGAUCUGGUUGUCAGGGGUAGUAUCCAACUGGUGCCCAAGAUGUACAGCCCCAAGUGGUCAGCUCGACGAUGUUCCAGAUAGCCCUUGGCGCUCGCACCUCAAGACAGACAUUCUCACCCGAGUGUUUGAUCCUGGUAUCCUAUGGGAUGACUACGGUAUAAGAUCAGAUUACGUGCCGUUCACGUACUUUUUCCCCCGCGCCGACAUACAUGAACUCCUCGCUCCCGAUAUCCUUCAUCAGUUAAUCAAAGGAACAUUUAAGGACCAUCUGGUGACAUGGGUCGGGGAAUAUCUUCAACGUGUUCACGGCACCAAACGAAGCGAGGAGAUCCUGGAGGACAUAGACCACCGAAUUGCGGCAGUCCCACCAUUCGCCGGCUUACGUCGCUUUCCCGACGGGCGCGAUUUCAACCAAUGGACCGGUGAUGAUUCAAAGGCGCUCAUGAAGGUAUACCUCGCAGCAGUAGCGGGUUACUUACCUUCCAAGAUGGUCCAGUGCCUCUCGACAUUCAUCGAUGCAUGCUACAUUGUUCGAAGAAAUUCAAUAUCCGCCCCUGUUCUCGAACGUUUCAAGUCCCUGGUUGAUCAGUUUCACGAACUUCGGAAGGUCUUCAUCGAGGUUGGCGUCCGUACCUCCAUUUCACUCCCGAGACAGCACGCCCUCUCUCAUUACGCGGAGCUCAUCCCGAUGUUUGGCUGCCCAAACGGCCUUGAUUCUUCAAUUACAGAGUCCAAGCAUAUCGCUGCUGUGAAGAGGCCGUGGCGCCGAAGUAGUCGGUACAAAGCCCUGCACCAGAUGCUGAGUACCCUGACAAGGCUUGACAAGCUGGAGGCAUUGCGCCAAAAACUUGCUGCAAAGGGGCUGCUGGUUGGGACCACAUCGUCGUACAUCGAGGCCGCGCUUGCAAAUGCGGAGCGGGCUACCGGGGAUACAGAGAACGAGGGAGGCGAGGAUGACGAUGAUGGGAAUGACAGCAAUGAGCACGACGGUGAUGACGAUGACAGCGACGACGAAACGGAAGAAACUGAUGGCGAGGACAGCGGACCAACGCCAGGGGAGCGCUCGCCAGAUGCGAUUUUCUCCGUUUCCUUGUCUUCAAGACGUCAGCCUCGGAAUCUGUACCCCAGAAACCUUGAGCAGCUGUCAAACGCCCUCCAGUUCCCAACGUUCCCGCUCGAGUUUCGUCGCUACCUCCACGCCAUCGACAACCCCGACGCACCCGAUCGGAGGCCGCCUCUUGCCGAAUGCCCUAAAUUUUACGGUCAGAUAUUCGUCCACCACUCGGCAACGUCAACGUUUUACGCACCGAGCGACGUUAGCGGCACUGGAGGGCUGAUUCGCGAGAGGAUACGGUCCACUCCGUCGUUUCACGGGCACCCCCGCCGAGAUACUGUCUUCGUAGUCACCGACGAGGCUGCAAGCGGGAUGCUGGGAUUGACUGUGGCUCGCGUUCAGCUUUUUUUCUCGUUCACCUACAAGAAGCGAGAGCACCUGUGUGCGUUAGUCAAUUGGUUCAACCUGGAACAAGACGAACCCGACGAAGACACGGGAAUGUUCGUCGUCACCCCCGAGAUGGACGAAAAUGAGGAGCCAACUAUGCAGGUGAUAUCGGUGGAUUCCGGGCCUGUUGGGCUCGGGUUCUGUUGGGAGAUGGUUUUGCGCGCCAAGGUUUCCACAUACUUUUCGCCAUGUGACUUUACCAUCAUGUGA